UCUGAUUGUCCAUAAUGUUUGUCUUUUGUCCUGAAAAAAACAGAGAAUAUUUCUUGAUCAGGAAUUCCUCUGGAAUUUGACAAUAGAGAUGGAGGGUGAUACUCCUGAUGCUCAAAACAAUGACCCUGAGCAUGACAAUCCAUUGAUGAAUGUGAAGAAUCCAUCAAGCAACUUGACUUCUAAGAAAGAUGCACAAUGUUUGUCGGUUUUAUGCAACGGGAAAUGGUUACAGAUUGUAAGAGGCAGUCCCAAAGUAUCAUGUGAGGUCGCUACUUGUCCAAGUCAAUUUUUGAGCAAAGUAGGAGAAAACUAUGAUGUUGCUAAAUCCGAAAAGAUGCAUAACAAGGUAAUCUCUUUAUCGAGCAACUACUCUCAGGGAAUCCUACAAUUCACUAUGAGAGCCAAUGGAAUGCCUCAUUUUGUUUUCAAAUUGGAGAAUCAAAAGGAUGUUUAUGUGGCAAGCUUAAGCAGCAAUGUCCAAGACCAAAACUCGUAUAUGAUCCAUCUGCAAAGAGGAGAAUCAUUGUCAUCAUCAUCACAUCUAGUUGGUAGAAUAAAUAUAUCGACUUUGUUCUCGGAGAAAAUCUUAGAGAGACAGUUUGUUUUGUUCAGUAGCAAUGGUGAGCAUCUCAAGAUACCGCGUAGUAUGAAAAACAGAGGAUUGUCUAAAAAAGUAGUCCAUGCAAUCAAGAACGAUCAAAGAAUCUCAAGAUUGAGUAGAACAAGCUUCAUACCUGGUUUAGGUUCUUGGGAUCAGCAAUUCCAAGAACCAAACUAUGACCUUGAGAAGGUGAAUCUGCUAGAAAACAACCUUCCAACAAAUCUUGAAACAUUAGCUGUUGUUGUGAAACAAGAGACUCUUGAGGAAGAAAUUGGAGGUUGGGGAUUAAAGUUCUUGAAAAGAUCCCCCAUGGUCCAAAGAACUAAUGAUGCUACUGAGACUGAAACUUCAACAUCUUCGAUGAUAAGUAUGAAUGUUGUGAUUUCUUCAGGGGUUCAUGGAGGGCCUGAAGAUGGACCUUUGAGUUUGAUAGAGAGGUGGAAAUCUCAAGGAAAGUGUGACUGUGGAGGAUGGGACUUGGGUUGUUCCUUAACCCUUCUUAAAGGCCAACCUCGGAAAGACCAGUUCGAGCUACUCAAAGAGGGUUCAAAGCAUGAAACGAGUGGAUUAAAGAUUGUGAAUGUUAGUGGAGGAGUCUACUUAGUUCAAUUCGAAGCAAAGUUGACUAGUCUGCAAUCAUUUGCAAUUGCUUUGGCAUUCAUACAUAGCCAGAAGCUUAGACCGUUGCAUCUUACAUAUUUGAACUAGUUAAGCUUUGUCCAUAUGUUAAUAAUAACAGAACUGGAAAGAAGUUGUAAGAAUGUCUAAAUAGCCAAAAGAUUUGAAUGUCGAACACACAUUGUCAGAGAAUAAAAAUAUCUUGCUACA